AUGACCGCCUCAACACCCAACCUCAAGCCGGCGGGGUACGGCACCUCCUCCUCGUCCUCCUCUGGCUCAUCCACCCCCCUACCAUCACGCUCUCCCAAACAGAACAUCGCCCGCGUCAGCAUCAUCAAUAACACCGACGUCGAGUCCCCUCUCCUAUCCCCCAAAUCCAAUAAUCCCCUCUUAUCCAACCCCCAGAGCCUCAGCCAAGAGCACCAGAUUGAGUCCAGAUCCCUCCAAAAGGGCCUCUCCCAACGCCAUCUCUCCAUGCUGGGAAUAGCAGGGUCCAUCGGCACCGGUCUCUUCCUCGGCCUUGGCGGGGCAGUUUCUACGGGUGGUCCUCUCGGUGCACUGCUAGGCUAUGCAGUCAUCGGACUAGUCGUUUGCUCCGUGCAGUUUGCCCUGGGAGAGGUGACGGCUUUGAUGCCUGUCACCGGAUCAUUCGUCAGACACGCCGAGGUGCUGGUUGAUCCAGCCAUGGGGUUUGCUAUCGGGUGGAACUUGGUUUACGGCAAUCUGUUGAGUAUACCUUCUGAGAUUGUGGCGGUUUGUGUGCUGGUCAAGUUUUGGACGGGGGAUGGGCUGAACCCGGCGGCGGUGAUCUUGCCGUUUAUUGCACUCACGGGUGGGAUAGGGAUGGCUUUUGUGAGGGUGUUUGGUGAGGUGGAGUUUGUGUUUGCCUUGUUGAAGAUCUUGCUGGUUGUCUUUUUAAUUGUGUUGGGUUUGGUGAUCAAUUUGGGGGGAGUGCCUGGGACUGGGGUGAUUGGGUUCAGAUAUUGGCGAGAUCCGGAGGCUAUUCCCAGGGCUGUGAAGAGGGUCUUUGCGAGGAUUGUCAUCUUCUAUGGUCUGGCGGUGUUUGUGGUGGGCUUGUUGGUGCCUAGCAAUGAUGAGAGGCUGAAGGGGAGUGGUGAUACCGUGGCACAGAGUCCGUUUGUGCUUGCAGCCGCAGCAGCUGGGAUCAAGGGGAUCCCGAGCUUGGUGAAUGCCAUUGUGAUCACGUCGGCCUGGUCAGCGGCGAAUCAGAGUUUGCUGGCGGGCACGAGGGUGUUGUAUGGAUUGGCACUGAAGGGACAAGCACCGAAGAUCUUUUUGAGGACCACGUCCUGGGGCACACCAUAUAUGUGUGUCUUGUUGUUCACGGUCUUCAUGUUUUUGAGCUUCUUGAGCCUGUCCGAGAACGCCAUUAGCGUGUUCUGGUGGCUGGUCAUGCUGACGGCAGCCGGGGUGUUGGUCUCUUGGAGUUCCAUUCUGCUGAACCACAUCCGGCUUCUCAAGGCUAUGAAGAAGCAAGGCAUUUCGACCGACAGACUGCCGUGGCACAAUUGGUGGACGGGUAGGUCUUCAUUCUUGGAUGUGAGGGAAGCUGAAGUUGACAAUCAGCAGAGUACACAUCCCCAGUCGGGCUUGUCAUGUGCCUCGUCAUUUUGUUCACGAGCGGCUUCAGUGUCUUCACCACGGGCCGUUGGGACGCCGCCAAGUUUGUGUCGUCGUACCUGUCAGUCAUUUGAUUGUUUUGUGCAAACCUGUUGUCUUGAUACUAACGUGACCUACAGUGACAUUCCCAUUGUCCUAGCUGCUUACCUGGGCUGGAAGUUCUUCCUCAAGACCUCGAUCACUCCUCUCGAUCAAAUACCCCUUGAAGAAGCGUUUGAACAGGCCGAGGAGAACCUCUCGGUACAAACCCAAGGUUUCCAGCCAACAAAGAAGACUAGAGGCUGGACAAGGUUCGUCAGCUGGAUAUGGGACUAG